UGGGCGGUGCCGGGGCCCUCUCGCAAAUGCUCCGCCUGGUUCGCGUCCGGAUCUGGCGUUCACCAAACCCCAGGACACCCCGCCUGCUUCUGACCCCAUGAAACCACCCCCUGGUCCUGAGCGCCCGGACACGCUUCCUGGGCCAGCUACUUCCAGAAAGGGGAGAUUCUGAGACAACCCGGACAGCUGGCACCCCUGCUUCCCAGCCCCCCCUCCGCUGGGAGCGGAAAAAGUCUGAAAAGCAGCCAAAAGUUGGGCUUUCUUCUGCCAUUUCCAAGCAAAACACAUUGUGGAAAAGCCAGGAGGCCCUGUUGUUUCAAGGAGAAAGCUUUUGGUUGAAGAACUGACCUGUCAGGGGGGCUCAGGGGUGUUGUGCCUUCCCAGGUCCCACGCGGAUGAGGAGCCCGGAGCCCAAUGCUCCCUCUGCACGGUGACCAAUGUUCUGUGGCAGUGCCGGGAGACCUUUCCCAGAGGCCCACAGGAUGGAGAGCACCCAACGCCGCUAUCGGGCCAUACCAGUUGCCUUCUGCCUCCUCCUGAGCAUUGGGACGGCAGCCCCAGAGUCAUUCCAUGUGCUGGGUCCCACCAGCCCCAUCUCCGCCCCACUGGGGGGCACCGUGCUGCUGCCCUGCCACCUCUCUCCCGCGCUCAGCGCCCAGGCCAUGCAGGUGAAAUGGAGCCGGCCCCAGUUGGGCCAGGACGUCCACAUCUACUGGCCGGACAGGAGCGAGGUGCAGGGCACGGGUUACCAGGGCAGGACGGAGCUCAUCACCCAGGGCCUGGCCUACGGGAACGUCUCCCUGAGGAUCCGGGACAUCCAGCCAUCAGACGAAGGGCAGCAUUUGUGUGAGGUCCGGUCACCCACUCAUUACAGCACGGCCCUGCUGGAGCUCAGCGUGACGGGCUCUGGCUCAGACCCUCUCCUGCACAUGGCUGGGCACAAGGACUGGGGGGUGUGGGUCUUGUGUCUCUCUGCGGGGUGGUACCCAGAGCCCCACGUGCUCUGGAGGAAUGGCCGUGGGGAGACCCUGAUCCCCAGGUCUGAACAGAAACCGCGCAGUAACGACGGCCUGUUCAACGUCUCCAGCUCCUUGGUGGUGACUGAGAGCUCGGACCCAGCACUGACCUGCACCAUCAAAGCCGGCUUCUCCGGCCCAGAGAGAGAGACGACUAUUCGUAUCACAGGGCUCUUCCCCAGGCAUGCCCCGGAAAUGAGGGCCUUUCUCAUCUUUCUACCAGUAUGUCUCUUCCUCGUGCCCUUGGCUGUUUAUCUCUUCCGAAAGCUCCAGGUACUCAAAGGGGAGGCGUCCAAAGAGUGCGAAUGGAGACAAUUUCUUGAUAAAGUGUCCCUGUCGGCAGGAGAGGUGACGCUGGACCAGAGCACCGCCAACCCCUUCCUGGUGCUCUCGGCAGAUGGCAGGAGUGUGACAUGUGGCAUCCUCUGGCAAGACGUCCCCAAGAACGACCGGAGAUUCGACCCCCUCCCCUGCGUCCUAGCCUCCCAGUGCUUUGAAGCCAGGCAACACUACUGGGACGUGGAGGUGGGCCAGUGGGGAGACUGGGCCAUCGGAGCAGCCCGGGGUUCCAUGGAGAGCAUGGGGGUGUUCCAGCUGUCCCCGGAUGUGGGGGUCUGGGCCCUGCAGUGCCAGGAGGGGAAGUGGAGUGCUCUCACCUGCCCCGAGACACCGCUGCAGCUGGAGUCAGCACCCAGGAUGGUCCGGGUGCACCUGGACUGCGAGCAGGCAAGCCUGGCCUUCUACAAUGCUGAGGGCAUGGUGCACAUCUUCACCUUCACCGGCUGUUCCCGGGAACCUCUCUUCCCCUUCUUCUUGCUCUGGACCUCUGGGACGCAGCUCACCAUACUGCCUCCAGGGCAGAGAAAGACCGUGGAGAUGGACAGGACAACACGUACAGUAACACCCAAACUGGAGAAAAGACAGAGCAGUCUUAUAGAACUUCUGAACAUGCCCGGGCAGAGUUAAGGGUGUUUGGCUGGGAAUUCCCUUGUGUUCAAACGGGCAAAAUUAAGAGUGUUAAAUUCCUUUGUCUUCAAAUGGGUAGAGUUAAGGGUUUUUAACCAGGAAUUUCCUUGCAAAGGGACAGUGUUACAGAUGUUUGCCCAGGAAUUUCCUUGCUUUCAGAGAGCUGCUUGGUUUAAUUUACAUGGCAAUGCUGAACAGAGUUAGAUCAUGUCUGCCUUUGGCGGUUGGGUGAUCCUCUAAUUUUUGUAUUGUGCCUUAAAACAUCUGCCCAAAAUAGUUAUUACUGAAAUGAACCUAUUUUGCUGAGGGCUUAGAACUUAUCUGUUUUUUAAAAGGCAUAUAUUAUUGCAGUAUUUGAACCAAUUUUGACUACAGUCAGGGAACCAGGCACAAUCAGACUUUCCUGUGGAGAUGCAACUAUUACUCAGUAUUACCAGCCAGAAAAACUCCAAAGCUUCAAUGUUUAAACAGCAAAUUUUAUUUGUAAACUUGUUUCAUUUUUCCCCGGAACCAACCUAAGUCUACAUAAAGGGUAUUUAACUUUGAAAUUAA